UCGGAAUCGGCUUUGUGAGCGCGCGGCCGCCGGCCAGCCCGCACCACGCCGCGCGGCCACCUUGACAAACCAUCUCCUGGCCGUCCACCGUCCAUCGCGACAUACAGUGAUUAAAGUGACCGGCCACGUAGUGAUAGUGUGCGGCCACCGCGGCCACGUAAUCCCCCUUGCGGUGCGGAGUGGCCACCGCUGGCGUGCCAGGCUGCAUCCCCCUAGUGUAAUAGCGUGGCCACCACGGCCGACCCGGACGCGAUCCCCCUGGUGGUCCAGAGUGGCCACCAGCUGCCGCCAUGCCGUAACAUGAUGGGUUACAACAACCAGGGCCACGGAUACAACAAGUUGUUCACGCAGCAUGUUCUCUGACUUGUACGUCCGUGUUGCUUGCAUGCAGUGGGCACGCCACGCAGACAUCGACAAAUGACACACUACAAACCUUUGGGCUCGGCGGAUUCCAACUACUCGCAGCCGUCGUCGGAGCUGUCGCUGGACGAGGAUAAGGAGGCGCUGCGCCGUGAGAAGGAAGCGCAGGCCCUCUCACAGCUCGACAAGGCAAGGUCCAAGCCAGUGGCGUUCGCGGUGCGCACGAACGUGGCGUACGAUGGCUCGCUGGACGACGACUCGCCCGUGCACGGCAGCGCCAUCUCCUUCGAAGUGCGAGAUUUCCUGCACAUCAAGGAGAAAUACGACAACAACUGGUGGAUCGGUCGACUGGUGAAAGAGGACGCUGACAUCGGGUUCAUUCCGUCGCCGGUGAAGUUGGAGUCGGUGCGGUCGGGGCCCGGCCGCGCGCGCUACCGCCCGCCCUCCGCCGCACCAGCGCUCCCCAGCCGAGGUAGCACUCCCCCCACGCCCGAUGUGCCAACCUUCGACCGAGGUGAGGAUUCGGACUCAGGGAAGGGUCGGGGCGCGGGGGCGCUGCCCGCUGGCAAGGAGAAGAGGAAGCCGUUCUUCAAGAAGCAGGAGAACGCGAGUCCGUACGACGUGGUGCCGUCCAUGCGUCCCGUGGUGCUGGUGGGGCCCUCGCUCAAGGGCUACGAGGUCACGGACAUGAUGCAGAAGGCCCUCUUUGAUUUCCUCAAAAGGCGGUUCGAGGGCAGGAUAAUAAUAACUCGUGUGAUGGCGGACAUAUCACUAGCGAAGCGCUCGCUGCUCAACAACCCGUCGAAGCGGGCGAUAAUGGAGCGCUCCAACUCGCGCUCCACUUGCCUGGCCGAGGUGCAGGUAAUGCCCGAGGCUGAGAUCGAGAGGAUAUUCGAGCUAGCGCGCACGCUGCAGCUAGUGGUGCUGGACUGCGACACUAUCAACCACCCCUCGCAGCUCGCCAAGACAUCGCUCGCGCCCACCAUCGUCUACCUCAAGAUAUCUAGUCCAAAGGUGUUGCAGCGGCUGAUCAAGUCGCGAGGCAAGGGGCAGAGCAAGAACCUUUCGGUGCAGAUGGUGGCUGCGGAGAAACUGGCGCAGUGCCCCACGGAGAUGUUCGACGUGGUACUCGACGAGAACCAGCUCGAGGACGCCUGCGAGCAUAUCGCCGAAUACCUUGAGGCGUACUGGAGAGCAACACACCCACCUCAAGUGGCGCCGCAGACGCGGGCGCCCGCGCACCACGCGCCGCAACACGCGCCACACCACGCUCCGCACCACGCGCAGCCUGGAGGCAGGUCGCGUGCGGCGCGGCCCGAGCGGUUGGAGGAGGAGUACUACCCGCGGGAGCAGUACCAGCGCUAUCCGCGUGACCAUUACCCGCGCGACUACCACGAGGGCUACGCGCACGAUUACCCGCCGGCGGAGGCGUACGAGCGCGAGGCGUACGGGCACGACUACACGCGCGAGGCGUACGCGCGUGAGGAGUACGGGCGCGAGUACGCGCGCGAGGGGUACGCGCGGGAGGAGCGCGCGCCGCGCAGCCGCGACCGCGAACCCGAGGACUACGGGCCGUCGCGCCGCGCGCUCAACGCCGUCUAGCGCCGUCGAGCGCCGCCGAGCGUCGCCGCUUUGGUGUUUCUUAUGUAUCCCCGCGGUCCCGCGAGCGCUUGUGUGAACGCAUCUGCUACUGUGACAAUGGCGCCCGAAUGAACGGCUUCCAUCUAAUGGACAUGAAUGUUUUUUCUAUCAAGCGACACAUCGACAUCUAUUUUCUCAAAAUAUGAAAUAAUUUAAGGCUUAUGAUACUUUGUUAAAUUAGAUUUUGCUCGUAUCAGGAAGUGCGAAGAAGUUAUGGUCCGAUAUGAGCGUGGUCUAAUUUAAAUAAAAUCGUUUUACCACAGCUUUAAUAGCACUAAACAUUGUUUUAGUCGUUUGUAACUCGUUAAUUCUUACAGUUAUUGCCCACUACGAGUAGAUUAGCAAGAAAUAAUUUUCUGGAGGUUAUUUUGUACGUUCGAAUCGAUUAAAUAGGACAGUUGUACUUUUGCCCUCUCUUUGAACACUACGAGCUUUUCUCUUUUGUGUAUAGCCAAAGUAAAGUAUAUAUUUGAAUAUAAAUGUUUGUAUUUUGAUAAUGUCAGGCGCAGCUGCAUUUACACAAUCGAGACCUGAUCAUACCGAGUGCGAGUGGCUAUUAGUUUUUUCUGUCGACAUCAACAUCGGUAAAAAAAAAUCACUUCUAUGCUAUUCUAACAAACGCUGUACGUAGUUUCUAUUCCUCAAUACUCGUUAGAAACGUCUUUGGGUAAAAAUGUAUUUUGUCGCUGUUAAUGUUAAUGAUUGCAAUUGGUAAAUUUGUUUCAAGAAUAAUGUUAAAUUCUUUAGUGUGUUGGACUGUUUUAAAGUUUUUAUUGUUUCCCUAAUUUCCAAUUAAAAUGGAUCUUCCUUAAUUUUAGGUGUUAGUAAUCUAAAUCUGUUUCAUUUUUGUGUUCUUUAUUAGUCGUAGAUUAUUUGUUAUUUAGAGAUUGAUUGCGAGACUUUAUUUGGGAUUGUGGUGCUGGGUAUGAUCAGGAGUGGGCGGUGGGCAGUGGGCAGUGGGCAGUGGGCCGUCUCGUAUCGCUGAGCUUUGCCACGCUUCCGUUCGCGGCCUCGCCGACGACCGCUUGUACGGUAUUUGAGACUUGUACCUGGCCUCUUUUCACGACAAGGAAAAUUUUACUAUAUUUCAUAAGUUUGUUUGAGGACUUUGUCAAUUUUAAAAUCAAAUUGAUUUGCUUAGUUUUCUUACUGUAAGAUUAUGAAAAAUGGUCUCAUUUAAAGUGUUUUAUUUCUUGGUUUUUAUAUAAUAGACAUUUUAAUGUUGUAUGGUUAGCCCUGUCGUGAAAAUUGUGUAUGAAGUAAUACGACUUUUAACCAGAGUGCAGGUUAGUGAAAACCUUCGCUCUGUUAAAGUUAGGUAUUUGAUCUCUAGGCUAAGUGUGUGCGAUAAUUUGUAUAGUCUCUCUUUUAAAACAAAAUAAAAAACUACAUCACAUUUAUUUCUUAGUUUUACGUUACUUGUGCAAGUAUUUUCUGUUCUUGUCUUUUUAUUCUGUUUUGAGAAAGAGAGGAAUAUACUGUGCAGAUACGUGGGGCUUAUUGCAUUCGUGUAUGUGGAAUUGAGUGGGUAACGGACGCAUGUUGAUAUUCGAUAUCGGAUUUCUAGUUAAGGUAAUGUACGUACUAAAAGCUGAAAGCAUCGGUGGAGGCAAUUUGUUGUUUAAACUAUCCUCAUUCGUUUCAUUUAAUUUUUGAAUAUCGCUAGAGAAUUUUUAAGGCCAAAAGGCAAAUCGAGUAGAAAUUUGAUUAAAUAUUUAUUGUGAAUUUAACGAGACCUGCGACCAAAAUCAUAUGCAUAUUUAGAUUUCACUUAUUUUAUCAACAAUGUUUUUAUCCACUUUGAUAUACUUAAAUAUGUUAAUGUGCCUCCGCCGCGUGCGCGAGCCCCGGUCGUGUCAGACGGCCGGAGCUGGGGUCGAAUGUAUAAAUUUUACAUAAAUGAUAAUUUUAGAGCCGUUAGAUAUUAUCCGUUUCCCAUUUUUUGGACAUACAUACUCUUGUAAUUAUAUUGCAUCGUCUGUACUUCAUUGUUGCAAUCAUUUGUAAAUAAAAUACUUUAUAUCGGUA